AUGAGUAAGGCACAAGUUCAAAAAGCUGCACCAAAUUUUGCGGCGAAAGCCGUAGUUGAUGGAAAGUUUAAGGACAUAAAACUCUCAGACUACCUUGGUAAAUAUCUCGUUUUAUUCUUUUAUCCAAUGGACUUCACUUUCGUUUGUCCAACGGAAAUCAUCGCCUUCAGUGAGCGCGUUGAAGAUUUUCGUUCUAGAAACUGCGAAGUCAUAGCGUGCUCAACUGAUACAGAAUUUUCUCACUUGGCAUGGAUUAAUCAACCACGAAAGGAAGGUGGCCUUGGAAGUAUGAACAUCCCUAUUUUAGCGGAUCCCACUCAUACACUGGCGAAAGAUUACGGCGUCUUAUUAGAAGAUCAAGGGAUUGCUCUUAGAGGCUUAUUCAUUAUAGAUGGGAAAGGCAUAUUACGCCAAAUUACCGUUAAUGAUCUGCCUGUUGGGCGUUCGGUUGAUGAAACUAUUCGAUUAGUGGAAGCAUUCCAGUUUACAGAUGAAUAUGGUGAAGUUUGUCCUGCAAAUUGGAAACCUGGAAAAAGUACGAUAAAGCCUAAUCCUAACGACAGCAAAGCGUUCUUUGCCAGCCAAUAG